AUGGCAAGCAACAAAGAUGACAAAAUAUGGAAUUAUGGUACCAUUGAUACUUCAACUUUAGAGAUUCAGCCUUUUCAAUUCAAGCCACUGCCGGGCGCUAGUCCAAGCGGUCAAGAUGACAAUUUUGACGAAAGGGGUGACGCCACUGAUACGAAAGUGGAAAGAAAUGGUAACAUUGAUUGGUGCAAAUGUGUAUUGUAUAGGAGAGAGAGUCUGUGCUGCAUAGAGAUCCCGAAAGUGAGUAGCAAGGCUAUUGAUGCAAACUGCCAGUGCAUCACAGAACUAGGUGGCUUCAAUUCAGUUUGUCUGGACAUAGAUGUUGUGAUAACAGCCAUCUAUCAGUAUAUUGAAGAUGAGGAAUACAUUGAUGAUAAACCAACAAGCGAGUAUGCUUCAUUGCAAAUUAUUCAUAUUGCCUACAAAUUAGCAUCAUAA